AUGUGCCGGGAUAGGGAGGGUGGAUUGCUCACCAGCUCUGGCGAGGUGGUUGAAAGGUGGAGGCAGCACUUCGAGGAGCACCUAAAUGGGGUUAACUUGAAUAGGAACAUGGAUGCGGAAGUACCACUUGGGGCACCUGGGCACGAUGAUGAUUACCCGGUUCCAUCCCUGUACGAAGUCGUGCAAGUGAUGCGGAAGCUUAAAAGCAACCGAGCUGCGGGUGAUGAUCAGCUCUCUGGUGAGCUCUUCCAGCACGGAGGGGAGAGCCUAGCUCGAGUGCUUCAUUUGGUGAUCGGCAAAGUUUGGGAGAUGGAAGAACUACCCCAGGACUGGAUGACCGGUGUCGUUGUACCGGUCUUCAAAAAAGGGGAUAGGUUGGACUGCGAGAACUACCGUGGCAUUACCAUACCAAAUGCCGCCUAUAAGAUCUUCUCUCAACUUUUGCUCCACCGGUUGCUGCCCCUGGCCGAAAACUUUGUUGGGGAGUAUCAAGCCGGCUUCAUGGAUGGACGCUCGACAACUGACCAGCUGUUUACGCUCCGGCAGAUUUUACAAAAAUGCCGUGAGUAUAACUGCAGAACACAUCACGUCUUCAUUGACUUCAAGGCGGCCUAUGACAGCAUUGACCGGCAACAGCUGUGGAUGCUGAUGAAGGAGUUUCAGUUUCCGAACAAGCUGAUCAGGCUGUGUAGGGCGACUAUGGGCAAUGUGAUGUGUUCUGUAAGGGUCGGUGGUGUCGCGUCCGCUCAGUUUGCUUCCCAGAGAGGGCUGAGGCAAGGGGAUAGCCUUUCAUGUAUCCUGUUCAACGUGGCCUUAGAAGGUGUGAUAAGGCGAGUAGGCAUCGACACGCGAGGUACCAUCUUCUGGCGCUCAAUUCAACUCCUGGGCUACGCGGACGACAUUGACAUUGUUGCGAUCAACAAGAGGACGGUUGCGGAAACGUAUGCUGGACUUAAGUCAGAAGCUCAGCGAGUUGGACUCCAGAUCAACACGUCAAAGACAAAAUACAUGCAAGGAUUAGGGUCUAGGGAUAACACCCCAGAUACCUUUCCCGGCAUCACCUUGGAUAACGACACUCUGGAGGAGGUGGGCUCAUUCGUAUACCUUGGAUCCCAAGUCACAUGUGACUCGGACACAUCCUUGGAAAUUCGGAGGCGCAUCCUCGCUGGAAAUCGCACCUUCUGUAGUCUACGUUUCCUUGGCCAUAUCCGUCGCAAACCGUAA